AUAGCCCAUCAGACGAAGCGCAUCAAGACUGCUGCAUUUUACCUAGUCAUGCAAGUGGUUGAACGUUUUGAGUUGAAAGAUAACAUUCUUACCACCGUUUGAAUCAGUAGCAAAGCAGACACCGUUCCCUUUAAAUAAAAUGUCAUCGAUUGAACCGAUUGUUCUGGUACAUGGGGGCGCAGGGGACAUUCCAACCGAACGUGUCGAAGGAAAACUGGUAGGCGUGAAACUAGCCGCCAAAGUGGGCUACGCCAAACUUCAAGACUCUGGCUCCGUUAUGGAUGCUGUCGAGGUGGCAGUUCGUAGUAUGGAACUGGAUCCGUAUUUCAAUGCUGGUUACGGAUCGGUUUUAACCACGGAAGGAAACGUUGAGAUGGAGGCGAGCAUAAUGAAUGGGGCAACAUUGCGUGCAGGAUGCUGCUCGCUCGUCAAAGACAUCAUGCAUCCGAUAAGUUUGGCGAGAAGGGUGAUGAAGACCCCGCAUAAUUUCCUCGGUGGAGAAGGAGUGAUGCAGUUCGCUGUCCAAGAGGGGUUCGAAAUAAUGGAUCCCCCUGGACAGCUGGUAACCGAUUUUGCUAAAGAAGCUUUGGAGGAAUGGAAAGAAGCUGCGCAUAAAGGCGAAAACGAGUUUGCUCGCACCGAGAUAGGAUCAUCUAAUAAAUACAGCAAAGCUGAAGUGGGUACGGUCGGUGCCGUUGCAAUCGAUAGUUUGGGCAAUAUCGCUGUAGCGACAUCCACCGGUGGUAUAACAGGAAAGCUCCCAGGGAGAAUUGGCGACACACCCUUAGUAGGGGCAGGAACGUACGCUGACAAUCGGGUAGGAGGUGUGUCUACCACAGGUCAUGGUGAAACCAUCAUGAGAUAUUCGCUAGCUCACGACAUUCUCAAGCGAAUUGAAUUCCUUGGAGAAGAUGCUCAAACUGCAACAGAAAAUUCCUGUAAAACAAUGACUGAUAGAUUAACUGGAACCGCAGGCGCCAUCACCAUUGAUUGCAAAGGCCAAGUAGGAGUGUCAUUCACCUCAAAAAGAAUGGCUUGGGCUUAUAUCAAAGGGAAGCAACUUAAAUAUGGUAUCGAACAAGACCAACACCUCGAAGAAACUGUACAAGAGUAGCGAAAAUCUAUGCAAAAACUUACCGCUGAUCCAGGCGGCGAUAUUUGUGCGAGGAUGUCAGUCUGUAUUUGAAAUGUUCAAUCUGCCUUUCAAAGUUGCGAUUCAUUUUCGGUUGCUUUACGAUAAAUCAAAUACAAAAAUAUUUCAUUA